UCUUCACAGUGGUUGAGUUUUUCGUCUCGUCCGUCGACGUUCGUGUCGAUAAACUCGAAAAAAUAUUUUCACUGAUAUUGCUGAUUAUUGUGGCUAUCCGAUGGUGUGGAAAAUACGAAUGUGCUACAUGUUUUUCAAUUUACCGAGUUUCAACAUUUAUUUACGUUUUUCGCGUACCUAAAUAAAAAAAAUUCCUGGCAAAUUCUGCAACUUGUAUACGACGAACUACGCUGGCAGUUCGAUAUACGAUGAGAAUAUACGUACGAUGUUCGUGAAACUCGAUGUAAUGUUUUCGUGACGCUAAACUUGAAGCGAAGUUUAGCGAAUUUUUUAUUUGUCGUAAUUUUGAUGAGUAUUCGACUCGACAAGUGGAUAUAUUUCGCUAAAUAAUAGUUUCCAGGGAGUUAUCGUGUCGGGAACUAGGAUUCGAGGAUUCGUUCCUAUUUCAACUUAUACAUAUACAGACGAGAAUGAAUCUUUGAAGAGAAACAUCAAUGCAGAGAUUUAUCCAUAUUGAGAAACAUGGAAGAUCCUAAUGAAUUUGAAAUCGACAUGGAUAUACCAACACCGCCAGAAGUGGAAAAACUAGAUAAAAUAGAAUGCCGCGAAGUAUGCUGGGAUUUAAAGGAACGAGGAGCGGUGGGUGAAACAAUCCUUCAUCUGUGUUUACUCAAUGCCACAUCGAUACAUGCAGAUUUAGCCAAAAGAUUACUUAAAUUUUAUCCGAAACUCAUUAACGAUAUUUACAUUAGCGACGAGUAUUACGGCGAAAGCGUACUCCAUGUGGCAAUCGUGAACGAGGAUCCGUCAAUGGUGAAAUUUUUAUUAGACAGCGGAGCUGAUUUUCACGAAAGAUGUAUUGGUAAUUUUAUGUGCUCCGAGGAUCAAAAAGCGUCUCGAAGCGAUUCGUUGGAUCACGAAUGGGUUAAUUUAACAACAGAAACUAAUUACGAAGGGUACGUCUAUUGGGGCGAAUAUCCGUUAAGUUUCGCCGCCUGCCUUGGCCAAGAGGAAUGCUACAGGCUGAUGUUGGCACGAGGAGCGAAUGCCAGUAAUCAAGAUACUAAUGGAAAUACAGUGUUACAUAUGUUAGUAAUAUAUGAAAAAAUAGCGUCGUUUGACAUGGCAUACGAAGUAGGUGCUGAUUUGGAUAUUAAAAAUGUGCUAAAUUUAACGCCCCUAACACUGGCUGCGAAGUUAGCCCGUAUAGAGAUGUUUUUCCAUAUAUUAAAAAUAGAAAGAGAAAUAUACUGGCAAAUAGGUAGCAUAACCUGUGCAGCUUAUCCUUUAACUCAAAUCGAUACCAUUGACAAUAAAACUGGUCAUAUUAGCAAUACCUCAGCUUUAAAUUUAGUCGUGUUUGGGGAUAAAGACGAGCAUUUAGAAUUAAUGGAUGGAGUCUUGGUUGAUUUGUUGAAUGCAAAAUGGAAUACAUUUGUAAAAUUUCGAUUCUAUCGUCAAUUUUUCCAAUUCUCUUUAUACUUUCUGCUAUCGUUAAUCUGCUUCACGUUACGUCCGGGGCCUCCUUCGGCCGACGGAAACAUGCAAGUAACCAGCGAAAUGCCGGAAAUGACUGAAAUUACGUACGCCGAAAAAAUAAUCCAAAAUGAUACCCAAAGUGCUUCCGAAAUGCUGACGAGGAAACAUAGUAAACGUUAUUCGCAGCAGGAAUUCAAUUAUACCGUCGAGUAUUCGAAAAAUGCUUCCAGCAACUUUGAAACGACAACACAGUCGAGUUUCGAAUCUUCAUCGGCGGCAUCGGUAAAUGGCUCUAGUUUGAAUAUGAAUAACGAUGUACCGAUGUCAAAUCAACGACAACGCUAUUACAACGUAGCCGAUUCUCUCAAUUUUACGGAAAAUACUCCUCGUACUCGUACUUCUUCUAAUGGCUUUUUCACAACUGACUACAACGAGACUAGCGAGAGCGACGUGCCGUCGACGACUUUUUACUACGAUGACGAAGUAAAAGAAAAUGAGACAAUUUUCACGUGGUGGCAAGAGAACGUCGGUACUUGUAGGUUAAUGGCAAUCAACGAUUACAAAGAUAUGUUCAGACUGAUAACCGAAUGUGUUUUGGAGUUGGGAGCAUUAUUGUAUAUUUUAUCAGCUUUCAGGGAAGCUGGAUUUCUCGGUUUGAAUAUGUUCAUCGAGAAUUUGAUGAGCGAACCUUCCAGGGUUAUGUUUUUGUUUUCGUGUUUGUUAAUGAUGAUAAUACCGUUUCUACGAUUUUCUUGUUCGGAUGAAAUUGAAGAUAUGAUGAUAAUUGUCAUCAUGUUAACGACGUCGCCGUAUUUUUUAUUCUUUUGCAGAGGAUUUAAAACUGUGGGACCUUUCGUCGUCAUGAUAUAUCGUAUGGUUAUUGGAGACUUGCUCAGAUUCGUUUGUAUUUAUUUAGUCUUCGUUAUGGGAUUUUCACAAGCAUACUACAUAAUUUUCCUUUCGUUUGAUAACCCUGGAACGCCGGAUGGAACCGACGACUCGGUCAGUAAUCCGAUGCCUAGUCCGUCUGAAUCAAUUAUGGCUAUGUUUUUAAUGUCCAUGAAUACGUUCAGUGAUUAUUAUACAGCUUUUGAUAAUACCAAUCACACUAUGGUUGCUAAAUUUUGUUUCGUUGUUUUUAUGGUAAUCGUGGCUAUUUUAUUGGUAAACAUGUUGAUUGCCAUGAUGGGUAACACGUAUCAAAAAAUUGCUGAAACUCGAAACGAAUGGCAACGACAAUGGGCUCGUAUCGUUCUAGUCGUUGAGAGAGGAGUAAGUCCGAGAGAAAGGUUAAAAAAGCUCAUGAUGUAUUCUCAACCCAUGUCCGAUGGCAGAAGAGCUUUGGUGUUACGAUUAAAUCAAACAGAGGAAGAUAAAGAAGAAAUGAAAGAAAUCCUCGAAAUGAAACGAUCUCAUAACAAAAACGUACAGAAAUUAAAAAUGCGAAAUCAAAAACUACAACAGCAAAAUCAUCAAAAUGAAAAUGAUAAAACAAUUUUGUAA